GAAGCGGCGGCUGACGGCAGACUCAGUCGGGCUCGAGGGGCCGCGGGCGUGUCGAGCGCUCCCGCGCCUUCGGCUGCGUGUGCCGUGUGCGCAGCCCGCCCGCCUGCCCGCCUGCCAGCCCGCGGCUGCGGGGCUCUCACCUUGGUCUCCCUCCUCCGGCCGCUCGGCUCUCCCAGCCUCCGCGCGCUACCCGGCACCUUGCGCCCGCGAGCUAUCCCGGCUCCCGUCGGGGCCGCCUCGGGCCAUGGUGCCGUCCCAGGAGGAGCCCGCCGCCGAGCGGGAGACGAGCGAGGCGCAGCCGCCGGGGUCCGCGCCGCCCUCGGAGGACGCUGCGCUGCCCGGCCCGGGACCCUCGGAUGGCCCCGACGUGUCCGUAGAGAAAGUGGAGGUGGAGCUGGCGAGGUCAACGGGCGACGAGCCCCCCGGCGCCCCCGUGCCCCCCGAGGGAGGCUGGGGCUGGCUGGUGAUGCUGGCGGCCAUGUGGUGCAACGGGUCGGUGUUUGGCAUCCAGAACGCCUACGGGGUGCUCUACGUGUCCAUGCUGGACACCUUCGGGGCCAAGGACGAUGACAAAAUGGCCUUCAAGACAGCUUGGGUAGGCUCGCUGUCCAUGGGCAUGAUCUUCUUCUGCUGCCCCAUCGUGAGUGUCUUCACAGACAUGUUUGGUUGCCGGAAGACAGCUGUCGUUGGCGCUGCCGUGGGAUUCAUCGGACUCAUGUCCAGCUCUUUUGUAAGCUCCAUCGAACCUCUCUAUCUCACCUAUGGGAUCAUAUUUGCCUGCGGCUGCUCCUUCGCCUACCAGCCUUCUCUGGUCAUUUUGGGACACUACUUCAAGAAGCGCCUCGGACUAGUUAACGGCAUCGUCACGGCCGGCAGCAGUGCCUUCACAAUUUUGCUCCCUUUGCUUUUAAGGACCCUGAUUGACAGUGUGGGCCUCUUUCACACACUGAGAGUCCUCUGCAUCUUCAUGUUUGUGCUCUUUCUGGCUGGCUUUACUUACAGACCUCUUGCUCCCAGCGCCAAAGAGAAGGCGAGCAAGGGCAGCAGACUCUCCUUCUUUUCCAGGAGAAAGAUCAGUCCUCCAAAAAAGGUUUUCAACCUUGCCAUCUUCAAGGUGACAGCUUACUCAGUGUGGGCUGCUGGGAUACCACUUGCACUGUUUGGAUACUUUGUGCCUUAUGUCCACUUGAUGAAGUACGUGAAGGAAAAAUUUCCAGAUGUAGAGAACAAGGAGGUGCUUUUCGUGUGCAUUGGCGUCACUUCAGGAGUUGGGCGGCUUCUCUUUGGCCGCAUUGCAGACUACGUGCCUGGUGUGAAGAAGGUCUACCUGCAGGUAUUCUCCUUUUUCUUCAUUGGCCUGAUGUCUAUUAUGAUACCCCUGUGCAGCAUCUUUGGGGCCCUCAUUGCUGUCUGCCUCAUCAUGGGUCUCUUCGAUGGAUGCUUCAUUUCCAUCAUGGCCCCCAUUGCCUUUGAAUUAGUUGGUCCUCAGGAUGCUUCCCAAGCAAUUGGAUUUCUACUUGGAUUCAUGUCUAUACCCAUGACUGUGGGUCCUCCAGUUGCAGGGCUACUUCGUGACAAGCUGGGCUACUACAAUAUGGCCUUUUACCUUGCCGGAAUCCCUCCCUUCCUUGGAGGGCUUGUGCUGUGCUUAAUCCCGUGGAUUCAUAGUAAGAAGCAAAGAGACAUCACUAAGACCACCGGAGGGGAGAAGAUGGAGAAAAUGUUGGCGAACCAUAACUCUCUACUGACAGGCUCAUCUGGAAUCUUCAAAAAAGAAUCUGACUCUAUUAUUUAAUGCCAUACAUACCUCCACUUGACUGGAUUUGAUUUUGAAUUUUAAGCCAGUUUUCCUUUUAUAUGAAUUGCAGAUUUCUUAUUUUUUUAAUCAUCCUCGAAAUAGCACAAAUGGGAAAUAUAACCUUUAUUACUACAUGAACCGUUUUCUCUCCCCCAAAUAGCUUUGAUAAUUUCAGGGAUCUGAGGGAAGAGACAGGCAAACAUGUCUGAGAGUCAAGCACACGCUUUCGAAGCUAUCUCAGUAAGGAGAAGCCUCGGGAGCCUCGAAUGCUGUUAGCUGCAGUGUGCCUGGAGCCGAGCUGGCUGGGCAGCAGCGUGACUCACACCAGAAGCGUUUUGUCGGUUGCUUUCGUCUUUAGUUCCAGUGUUUUACUUUCUUCUGCAGUUUUGAACUUCGUGCAAAAUUUAAGCCUGGAUCCUAGAUAAUGAGAGGCCAACCUAAACCUCAAGUCUGUUAAGUGAUUUAAGCUAAGAAAUUAGGACACUCUGGCAUGCUCCAUCGUCCAGGGACCUCCUGCGAGCAGAUGCCAAUACAUACAGUGGAAACAACAGAUGAAGAGAGUCCUCUGACGUGAAGGCAGCAACCACUAACCCUUGUUCCCUUUGGUUUGUAGCAUGUUUUACUCCAGUAGCCAGAAACACCCUGAAUUUCUGAUUUUGUAUAAAAAAAUAACGUAAAAUAGAAAGUAUAAAAGAUAUCCUGGCAAUUUUAACGUGGAGCUUUUCUGACUUCUGGAUUUAUCAACACUGUAUUUACAUGUCUUUCCAGUUGGUAGAAUGGAUACAGAUCAGAGGUGGUGCAGAACUGUUCUAUCCAUUUGAGAAAUGUCUGAUAGAAAGAAUUUCUUGAACUGACUUAUGGGAUUAAUGAUUUUAAAAUGUCAUAUAUACUUAUACAAAAAACAAUUCCUAAAUUUUCCAAAAAAUUUUAGCAAAAAUUGGCAUUUGUGUUGCAGUCUUUUGCCAGUGACAGGGAUGUAUGGAGGAACCUGAUGGCAGUUGCUUCCAUUAUCUGGAUGUCGUGGAGUUUGUUUACACAAACUCAGAAGACUCCAUUGUAACCAAGAGAUAGAAUCUUCCGGCACAUAUCGUAUAUACACCUUCUUUGACUGGAAAAUUAAUGUGAUAUUUAUUUGCCAUGUGUUUCUUAUUAACUCCCACCAUUUCCCCCACUUAUGUCCAGACUGUAGAAGGCAAGUGAUUAGCUUUGAGGACCAAAAAUUAAAACCAAAGUUGGGCCAUGACCCAUUACUCACUUAUAAAAACAGGAACACAUCUUUGAAAUUAUAUUGUAGACCUUUAAAAGUUAAAAUGCCAGGUAUCCUUAAAUAUUAGCCUAUGUGAAUAUUAAAUCAUAGUUGAAUGUAGCUUGCUUGCUCAUGUGAAAAGAAUAUUAUCUUUUCCUAAGCACCUCCAGGAUCCUUCUGUUGCUAAGUUAUCUGGGAGGUGAAACUUAAUUUUGUGAUUUUACUACUUGGCUUUCCCCCUUCUGUUUUUAGAAGAUAGUCCUCCCUCUCUGCACUGAUGGAGGGGUGGGGCUGCCUGGAGAGUUUAGAGACUUGUUCUUGUUGGCCAGGAGGAGAGAGUGCUGUAGACAAGUGGGGCUGUCAGUUGACAGCUGGAAGCUUUUCCUCUCAGUAACAGCUUCCUUACCUAACAUCUUGGGAGAGUUCACAGCCUAAAUACGAGGUAUACAUUUGUUUUAAUGAGUUCUGAGUGAUUGUAAUUUAUUUAUUAUUUAUUUAUUGUGAGGGAGUAUUAGUAGAUCUGACUUGCCUUCAGCUCUGUCCUGUGGCUUUAGACCUGUGUCAGGGGUGUGCUGCUGAGUGUGGCAGCGAUUUUGAUUUUGAAGAUACAAGCUUACUGUGCUAUACACACAGUUCACUAAGUAGCCCAGGCUGGCCUGGAGCUCACUGUGUAGACCAGGCUGACUUUGAGCUUACAAAGACCUGCCAGCCUCAGCCUCCCAAGUGCUGGGAUUUAGCAUGCUGAUAUAAUUUAUUAUCAAGCCUUUCACUUACUUCUCCUCAGUUACCUGGCAUCAUUGACAGUGCUUUCAAAAACUAAGGCACUAGAGAGUUGGCUCCGCAGCUAAGAGCAUUUUGCUGUUCCUAGAGAGGACCUGAGUUCAGUUUCCAGCAAAUUACACGGUGGCUCACAACUGCCUGUAACACCAGUUCCCGGAGAUCUAAUACCCUCUUCUGAGCUCCUGCACGAAUGUGGCACACAUACACACACUCAGGCACAUGCACACAUACGUAAAAAGAAACAUUGAAAAGGUAUCAAAAACAUACAGCUAAGAUAAUUAAACCUGCCAUUAUUAAACAUCAGGGUGAGGUUUAUUGAUGUGAAGUUUAGAACCUCGUUCAAGAGUAGCAUUUGUGAGUAGCUUGAUGUGGGUGCUAGGACCUGAACUGCAGUUCUCUGGUGGACUAGUAAAUGCUCUUUCUCCCUGUGGAGACAAGGUCUCCCUACACAUCCUUGGCUGGCCUAGAAAUCACUGUGUAGACCAGACUGGCCUCUAGCUCAAGAUAUGUAUUUGCCUCUGCCUUUCUUGAGCUGGGAUUUAAGGUGUGUGCCCCCACACCUAGCUGCUGUAAGCACUCUUAAGUGCUGAGCCGUCUCUCAAGGCCCCUGUUAAGUGUUUUAGAUUGUGUGAGCACAUACGUGCCUCUACCAAGAUCUUUCCUAGUGGGUGAAAGUGACUUUCACAAUACAGUCUACACCCACAAAACUGUCCUAAGGAUCCAGGAUUUGUUAUUAAUAGUGUUAUAUUUUGGACCCCUCACAGUGCUGGUGCCUCUACUAAAAAUUAGAUCAAGGUCGCUCUAAAACUUCAUGUGCCCUUCAAAGUACCUUCAAUUAAAAAUGUAUCUUUUGCUGUGUGGGUACUGCCCGCAUGGCUGUGCAUGCACAGGUGCAAACAGUGCUUGCAGAGCCGGGAGAGGGUAGCAUGUCUGUCUGGAGUUACGGGAGGUUGUGAGCCACGCUGGGAGCACCGGGAACAGAACUCGGGUCUUCUGCACGAGCACUGUAACUACUGAGCCACCUCUCCAGCCCCCAGGUUUGUUUGUUUGUUUGGUUUUAAAUACACGUGACAGCGGAAAACAUGUGUAACCAACAAAACCUCACACCUGUCUUGUGCAGACAUCUGAGAAAAUUUUCCCCCAAAAUCAGCUAUUACUGAUUUUUCUUAACACUUAAUGAUCUAAGUUUCAUUUACAAGAAGAUGAUCACCAAAUUUAGCCUUGGUACUGAACAUGGCCUCCCAAGAGAAUAACUUUAAAGAAAGUCCUUUCUUGGUGAUUUUAGCGAAGAGCAAGCUGUUUAAGCUUACUCGUGGGUUGAGGGUCUAGCCCAGGUAAGGUGCUUGCCCAGCACACCCAAAGCCUGACUCACUUUAAGAAGUAAAACUGAAAAGGAGGGGGACAUAGAGCAGAUUUUAAUUGGAUUUGACCAAGGGGGUAUUUUGAACAUCUGAGCUAUGUAACUGUUUUACAGCUAAAGCCAGUUUUUGGAGUCAUUGUUCUUAAAAUUUGGAUAAUAAGUUGCUUGCUCCCCACCCAGAAGUGCAUGCAGGUCCCAGUUCUCGUGCUUCUGUAUGCAGGAUUCGGAUAACUGGGGGUCGUGGGGUUUAGCUUAGUCCUGCUUUCUUUCACAGACUUUGCCUCAACUGUUUCAUAGGAAUGAGAAAAUAACUCAAGGCCGCAGUUGCCUUUGUGACUAUUAGGACCAGGCGCUCCCAGCUGGGCAGGCCGGGCUCAGUGUUCAGGAUCAUGGGUUGUGAGUACUGGGGCCUUACUCAUUAUGUCACAUAGUUCCUCCAACAACAGCGUCUAGGGAGCGAUUCCUCAGGGGAGUCAAAUGAUGGCACUGCACCGAAUACCUUUGCCUUUCAUCAGCUCCUCCCACCUGUGCAUUCUAACUCAAAAGUCACAGCUGCAACAGACUGAACUUCGCAGUAUUAAGCUUGGGUGUUUUAAGUAUCUUUUGGCAUCUGGCAUUCUUCUCGUCUGCCUAUCAUAAUGUUUAUCUGAAGAUUUUUAAUUAUUUUAUGUUUUGAAAGUUCAAACUCUCUUAGCCAACCUAAUAUUCCAAAUGUACCUAGUGCUCCAUGUGUGAGCCCUUGUCCCUCCCUCUCCCUCUUCUACAGAGGGUACCAGCUUACCCUGUAGGUGUAUGAAUAUAGCUGACUGUGUGACAGGGUCAUGCUGGGUUUGACCAGCGUGGUAUUUUCCUAGUUUUGAGAAAUUGUUUCUUUUAAAAUAAUUUAUAAUUGAUUUUUUAAAAUGUGAUUUCUAUAUUUAAUAAUUAGAUAACCAAAACCUUUUAAAUGAAGAGUGCUUUGUAAUUUGGAGAAUACAGUCCUUUUACUGUGGGGAAAUGUGAUAUUCUCAGUAAAUGCAAUAAAAUUUUUUAGCAAGUUUCUGUAA